CUUCUCAUUCCUAUUUGCUAACAACAUCUCAUUUCUGGACUUUACAUUCCUUUCUUCCCUUCACUUUUCUCUCGCUUAAGCUCUGAGUAAAUGGCCUCGAUAGAGAACAAUAAUAACAACUUAACCAGGGUUAUGUUUUCGUUCCACUCACACUCAGGACAGUUUGUAUGCAUGCCAAGGGUACGCUUGAGCAAGUUGUUCAGUCGGCGAUCCAGCGUGGAUUCACAAUCUAUGGCCUCUCCGAGCAUAUGCCUCGUUAUCGUCCUGAUCAGCUUUAUCCUGAAGAGUCCCAUUUGACAACUCAAGAUCUAGAAAGGAUGUAUGACCAGUUCUUACAGGAGGCUGUGCGUCUUCAACAGAAAUACAAGGAUCAGAUUUGUCUCCUAAUCGGCCUUGAAACCGAAUACUUUGGACCUGAAUCUAUUGAGUAUGUUCGGAAUCUUCGACAACCUUAUCGACAGACCUUAUUUGGCCCCACAGAUACUUCAUCUUCUACAACUACAGCUACAGCUACAGCUACAACAUUAACAACGGCUGGUACUGUUCCUCCACCAAUCACAUUGCCGCAGGUACAAUAUAUUGUGGGUUCAUUGCACCAUAUCCAUGGAAUCCCAUUGGAUUUCUCACAGGAAUUGUAUCUCGAGGCACUGGAGAAAGUGGGUCAUGGAUCAUGGCAAGUCUUGUUCCGAGAAUAUUUUGAUGCACAGUUUCAAAUGCUUCAAGGACUUCAGCCGGAAGUUGUGGGACAUUUGGAUCUGGUGCGCAUCUUUUUUAGUGCCAUUAAUGGAUGUCAUCAUCAUCAGGGUAAAGAUCAAAAUAAAAGUCAGGAACAACAUGAACAAGAAACAGCCAGGCAGAACCAAAACAAACUAACACCAGAUCUUUGGGAACUUGUGAGACGCAACGUUGACUAUGUAGUCGGUUAUGGCGGACUGUUUGAGCUUAAUUCACGAGCUUGGAAGAAAGGGCUUGCGGAUGCCUAUCCUCAGCGGGACAUUCUCGAACAUAUCCUCUCAAAAGGAGGAAGGAUUACACUCUCGGACGAUUCUCAUGGACCCGACGAUGUCGGUAUGUUCUACAACCCAAACUUGAAGGCAUACCUUGAGCAGAUGAAAAUCGACCAGGUGUAUUACCUCGCUCCCAAUGACAGUGAGGAUAUCUAUACUGAACAUGCUUCACAGGGGGCAAAAGUAAAUGAAUCUUUCCAACAUGUCCAUGUCCGCUCAAUACCUUUAGCUUCAUUGAAGUUUUACGAAAAUUAGAAUAGGACAUGUAAAAAAAAGAAAAACAUUAAGGAAGAAAUAUGAG